GUUCUUCCUGGCUAAUCUUAAUCAGAAAAUUAAGUCUAGCUACACCCUGCUGCCUGGCUAUACAGAUUACAGCUGUUGAGCUCCAAUGGCGCUUUCACCCCUCACAUUCGUAUAUCUGCUUCUGUUGUUUGCACCAUUGGGACACUGUGAAGACGUAGAAUGGAAUAUCGGUGAACCAGCAUGUUCGCCAACUCCAAGCGGCGGAUCAUUUGAAAGGCCUUCACCUCCACCGCCGCCCCCGGUUGACGUUCCUCCCUCAAGUUUUUAUCCACCCGACCGCCCACCACAUCCACCACCAGAUCAUGGAUUCGAACCUCCACGUAGAUUCUUCCCGUGGCCACCAAUCAUUUCCUUUCCUCCAUCUCCCGAGCCAGUUGUUCAACCUCCGGCAGUAGCGCCUCCUUCAUUUGAAGGACCUCCUUUUAUAAUUCCAAGGCACCCUAGAGAAUGCAUUAUGCUGUGCGUUCCAAGAUGUGAGGAAGUGCAAAGAGGUGAGGAUCCGCAAUGCAUGAGGACAUGCAUCAUGUGUUGCAAGUUCUGCAAGUGUGUGCCCUUUGGUAGCAGGGAAAAUUGUGGCAAUUGCUACUCCAAAUCAAUGCGCAACGGUCAGCAGUGUCCUUAA